AUGACCUAUCCACCGACUUCAUCACCAUCGUCAUCAUCUCAACCUACGGAAGUGGAACUUCAUUUAUUAUACGUCCUUUUAGAUUCUAAUUUACCUACAGGAGGAUUCGUCUCUUCUUCAGGACUUGAAUCAUUUGCUAAACAUGGAUUCUUAUCACCUAUUCCACCAACUUACCAUUCUUCAUUUUCAUCUUCUGUGACCACCACUCCCAAUAGGGCUGACCAAUCCCCUGAAAUCAAGAAAAGAAGUGUCGGUGAAGGGAUAGUAGAAUUCGCAAAAGCUGAAGUGAAGAAUUACGCCAUGACAACUGGAAGUUUCGUGGGUGAUUCUUGGACUUUGGUACAUGAUGCUUUGCGACAAUAUGAAACGCAACGACGUACAUCGAAAGGAAAAGGGAAAGGGAAAGGGAAAGGAACAGCUGACGAGAUCGCGACAGCAGAGGAAGAAGAACAACUAGAGAUUGACAAGUUAGUUGAAAAAGUGGUCGAAAGCAUAUCAAGAUUAGAUAAAUAUCAUGAAGCUACUUUGUUAUCACAUGUAGGAAGGAGAUCAUCAAAAGCUCAAGGUGUAGCAAUGUUAACUCUCUAUACUAGAGGAUUAUCCAAACCGACAUAUGAGACUUCGUCCGACCGUGACCAGCUCCACAAAAUUACGAAUGGCCACGAUAACGAUGACUAUGACGAUGACUAUGACGAUGACGAUAGUGAAAAGGAAAUAGAUUGGGAGGUGAAAAGAGAUGAAACUACGAAGAAAAUCGUUGAUUCGUUCAAGAGAUUAAUAAGGAAAAACGAAUCUCCAGGUCAUUUGGCUGUUUGUUGGGGUUUAAUGACUUCUUGUCUUGGUUUAUCAUUAGACCGCUCGAUACACCUUCAUUUAUUUCUUCACGCACGGUCACUUCUCUCUUCAGCCGUUCGACUGAAUCUCAUAGGACCAUAUUUAUCUUCUCAAUUACUGUUAAAUCCCUUCAGACAAAUAAUAGACGACCAAGUAAUCUUACUGCAAAGAGAAGGAUGUACGACUGGCUUAUUAUCACUCGAAACCCACCCUACUAAAAUGUCACUUCCAGAUCUAGAAUCAGAAGGAGAGACCAUACCGAAAACGCACCUAGAGGAUGAAGAAGAAUUCUGGAAAUGGACCGAAGAAGCUGAAAAAGGUCCAUCAACAACUUGGCCUCUGGGUGAAAUCUUGAUGGCAAGACAUGAUUUACAACAUUCAAGAAUAUUCAAUUCUUGA